AUGAUUGUAGCCAAUUCCGCAACCACAAACGGUGAAUCAAGUCGGAGAGUGGCCCGACCAGUCGAGUUGCUUGAUCAACCGCUGCACACGAAACGCAAGUUGAGAUUGAUUUGCAUCGGCGCCGGCAUUUCUGGCAUUGCGGCAGCAUAUAAGUACGAACGAGACCUCGAAAAUGUGGACCUCGUCAUCUAUGAGAAAAAUGACAGAGUCGGAGGAACAUGGUAUGAGAACAAAUAUCCUGGUUGCGCAUGUGAUAUUCCCGCCCAUGCCUAUACAUAUUCCUGGGAAGGGAAUCCAAAUUGGUCGCGAUUCUACGUCGAACGCCCCGAAAUAUUCGCUUAUAUUGAAAGCUGUGCCAAAAAAUGGGGUUGCAUGAAGUAUAUCAAGUUUCAACAUCGUGUGAUUGGAGCUCGGUGGUCUGAAUCAGAGAAAGGUUGGCAUGUCAAAAUCGAAAAUCAGGUCGAAGGCACCGUGAUUGAAGACUUUUGCCACGUGCUUCUCAAUUGUAACGGAGUUCUCAAUAACUGGAAAUGGCCUGAUAUCAAGGGUUUGCAUGACUUCAAAGGUAAACUCUUGCACUCCGCGAAUUGGGACGUUGAUUGGGACUACGCCGGAAAAGACGUUGCCGUGAUUGGUGCCGGAUCCUCUGGUAUACAAAUCGUUCCAAAAAUGCAGAAAGUGUGUAAAUCACUCGUCAGCUUCAAUCGAUCACCAAACUGGAUCACUCCGGAGUUCAGUCAAGGGUUGGCUUCAGAGGGACGAGCUACAAUAUACACACCCGAAGAAAUCGAGAGAUUCAAGACUGACAAGAAACACUUCUUGCAGUAUCGGAAGGAUAUCCAGAAUUUUGGAAGUGCGACAUAUUCUCUAUACUACAAGAAUUCGGAUAUGCAGAAGCAGGUCUUUGCCAAAUAUACGGAGUUGAUGAAGCAGCGACUGAAGGGCAAUGAAGACCUGUGUGCUAAGCUAAUACCGACAUUCCAUGUCGGUUGCAGAAGGUUUACGCCAGGUGAGGGCUAUCUCGAAUCGCUACUGGAGCCCAACGUCACUGUUGUGACUUGUGAGAUUGAUAAAAUAACCGAGACCGGCAUCGACCUAACUGACGGUCGACACUUUGACCUGGACGCGAUUGUCUGCGCCACCGGCUUUGAUUGCUCACAUUGUCCUCCUUUCCCCAUCAUCGGUCGGAAUGAUCGAAACCUCUCUGAGUACUGGAAGGAUGAACCAUUGCACUACAUUUCAGUGGCAGCACCAGGCUUCCCCAACUACUUCAUAACUGGUGGUCCCAACAGCCCACUUGCAAAUGGAUCGCUCAUAUCUGGAGUGGAGACUGAAAUCAACUAUGCGUUCAAAUGCAUCACAAAAAUGCAAACCGAGAACAUUUCCAGCAUGGAGCCAACUGAAGAGGCCAUGUGGGACUUCAUCGAGUACCGAGACGUGCUCAUGAAGGAAAUGGUGUGGAGCAGUACUUGUCGUAGCUGGUUCAAGAAUGGCAAAGUAGAUGGCCCAGUCAUUGGGCCCUCUGUUGGCUCGACAUGGCACUUCAACGAGGUUCUCAAGGAUCCCCGGUACGAGGAUUAUCAUCUCACUUACUGUACCCCGAAUCGCUUCACUUACUUUGGCAUGGGAAGAACCAUAAAAGAAAUUGAGGGCGCUGAUAUGGCAACACAUAUCACCGAACCGGGUGCUUAG